AUCGGCAGCGCGCAUGUCCUUCCUCCUCUCCCGGGCAUGCUCAUUAGCGGCAGAGGAGGCAAACCGCUCAGAAGGGAUCGGGUUCUCUGCUGCCAGUCUGCCCGGCGCAGAGCGGCUGGGUGUGCAAAGGCGAGAGAGCGAGAGCAGUGACAAGGCAGCAGACGCGGCUGGGGAAGCUUCGCCUUUCCGAAGCAGCCUGUCUGCCUUUGCGGACAAGCCGGGGUCUCCUCUCUCUGCUUUUGGCGCUGAGUCGCCCCUGCGAGGAGGACUGGGAAGGGGAGGAGGGAUGAUGAUGCGGGCAAUCAGCAGCAGCUGCAUCCUCGGCUAUGUGGAUUUAUAUUCGCCUUCAGCGUAGCUGCCGCGCCGGGGAGAGGCACGACGAGGGCAGCAGCGUCGGCAGCCGGGCGCGAUGGCUGGCCACCGGAGCCGCGCGGGGUGGAGGCGGCGCUGCUGCAGGAGCAGCAGCAGCAACUGAAACUUCCACUGGGCAAGCAGGACUGUUUCGGUAAGGAGCCUCAAUACAUUGUUUUCACAAUUUUGGCCUACUUAAUCAGAGAUGGAGCAAAUGGAUUGUAAACCCUACCAGCCACUGUCGAAAGCUAAGCAUGAAAUGGAUCUAGCUUACACAAGCUCAUCUGAUGAAAGUGAGGAUGGAAGAAAGGCAAGACAGUCUUAUGAGUCCAGAGAAACGCUUAACGAAUAUGGCCAAGAACUCAGAAUGAAUUACAACAGCCACAGCAGAAAAAGAAAAGCUGUUGAUGAACCCACUCAAGAGAUGGAAUUUCAUGAUACUCCACAUAUCUUGUGCACUGGCUACCAGCCAGACAUGCAUGCUGUCUCCCAGUGUGGCUAUCCGAUAGAGAUGGGUUCUGAUGUCGAUACUGAGACAGAAGGAGGAGCCUCACCAGAUCAGGCCUUGAGGAUGUGGAUGUCCGGAAUGAAAUCGGAGCACAGUUCGUGUUUAUCGAGCCGCGCAAACUCAGCGCUAUCCCUCACCGAUACUGACCACGAAAGGAAGUCUGAUGGGGAGAACGAAAUGCCAGGAAGCCCACGAAACCAGUUCACGUUCAGACCACUGCCGCCACCUCCACCACCGCCCCACACAUGUACCUGCAGCAGGAAGCCGCUUUCAACAGCUGACUCUUUCCAGGGAAGGUCAAUGACGACCCGCAGCCAACCUAGCCCAGCUGCUCCGCCCCCUCCAACCAGUACGCAGGACGCAGUGCAUCUCCAUAACAGUUGGGUCCUGAAUAGUAAUAUACCACUAGAAACCAGAAGUCAGUGGGGGAUUUGCUGGCCCUCGGCUGUGGAAUUGCCUUCCACCAGAAAUCAGGAGGACCAUGUCUCUUCCCUCGUGCCAAGUGAAAUGCAUUUCCUAUUUAAGCAUGGAUCUGGCUCGUCAGCUAUCUUCAGUGCCGCCAGUCAGAAUUACCCUUUAACUUCCAAUACUGUUUAUUCGCCGCCUCCCAGGCCACUUCCUAGAAGUACUUUUUCUAGACCAGCUUUCUCUUUUAACAAACCUUACAGAUGCUGCAACUGGAAGUGUACUGCCUUGAGUGCAACAGCUAUUACAGUCACACUGGCUUUGCUGCUUGCAUAUGUCAUUGCAGUACAUUUAUUUGGCCUAACUUGGCAGCUACAGCCUGUUGGAGGGCACCUUUAUGAAAAUGGAGUCAGUAAAGGAAGCAAAGGCACAGAGUUCCUGGACACAACCUACUCACCCAUCGGAGGGAAAGGUUCUGAUAAAACAGAAAGAAAAGAAAUAGUGUUUCAGAAAGGACAGGCAAUAGACACGGGGGAAAUUGAAAUUGGAGUUCAAGUGAUUCAAGCCAUUCUUCCAGGCCUCUUCUGGCGUUUCCAGAUUAUGAUCCAUCACCCAAUGUACCUGAAAUUUAAUGUUUCUCUGGCAAAGGACUCACUUUUCGGGAUAUAUGGGAGACGCAAUAUUCCCCCUACUCACACACAGUUUGAUUUUGUGAAACUGAUGGAUGGGAAACAGUUAAUUAAGCCAGAAUCAAGACAUUCGGAGGAGUCUCAGCAUGCUCCUAGGAAUCUGAUCUUAAUGUCCUUGCAAGAAACUGGUUUCAUAGAAUAUAUGGACCAGGGAACUUGGCACUUGGCAUUUUACAAUGAUGGCAAGAAAAUGGAGCAAGUGCAAGUGUUGACAACGGCAAUUGAAGUCAUGGAUGACUGCUCCACUAACUGCAAUGGGAAUGGAGAAUGCAUUUCUGGGCACUGCCACUGUUUUCCAGGAUUCCUUGGUCCAGAUUGUGCAAGAGACUCCUGCCCAGUGUUAUGUAGUGGAAAUGGAGAAUACGAAAAGGGCCACUGCUUGUGUCGCAAUGGGUGGAAAGGCCCUGAGUGUGAUGUUCCAGAAGAGCAGUGCAUUGACCCCACUUGCUUUGGCCAUGGAAAGUGUAUCAUGGGAAUCUGCAUUUGUGACCCAGGAUAUAAAGGAGAGAUAUGUGAAGAAGAGGACUGUUUAGAUCCUAUGUGUUCUGGCCAUGGAGUCUGUGUUCAAGGGGAAUGUCAUUGUUCCAUGGGUUGGGGAGGAGUCAGCUGUGAAACCUCACUCCCUAUCUGCCAAGAACAGUGUUCAGGCCAUGGCAGUUUUCUUUUGGAUACUGGAGUAUGCAACUGUGACCCAAAGUGGACAGGUUCUGACUGCUCAACAGAACUCUGCGUACUGGAUUGUGGCAGCCAUGGUAUUUGUGCAAGAGGAACCUGCCAGUGUGAAGAAGGCUGGGUAGGCCCAACAUGCGAGGAGCGCACAUGUACUUCUCACUGCACUGAACAUGGGCAGUGCAAAGAUGGAAAGUGUGAAUGCAGCCCUGGAUGGGAAGGGGACCAUUGCACCAUUGAUGGUUGCCCAGGUCUGUGUUAUGGAAAUGGAAGAUGCACACUUGAUCAGAAUGGAUGGCACUGUGUCUGCCAGGUGGGCUGGAGCGGAAUGGGAUGCAAUGUUGUCAUGGAAAUGAUGUGUGGAGACAGCAUCGAUAAUGAUGGAGAUGGUUUGACAGACUGUAUAGACCCUGACUGCUGCCAGCAAAGCAAUUGCUAUUCAAGCCCGCUCUGUCAAGGGUCCCCUGAUCCCCUUGACCUCAUUCAGCAGAGCCAGCCUCCUUUCUCUCAGCAUCCUCCAAGGCUCUUUUAUGAUAGAAUCAAGUUUCUUAUUGGCAAGGAAAGCACUCAUGUAAUCCGAGGAGAUGUCUCAUUUGAGAGCAGACGUGCUUGUGUUGUUCGAGGCCAGGUGGUAGCGAUAGAUGGAACCCCCCUGGUUGGCGUGAAUGUGAGUUUCCAAAACCACAAUGAUUAUGGAUACACUAUCAGCCGACAGGAUGGAAGUUUUGACCUAGUGGCUGUUGGGGGCAUCUCAGUCACCUUGGUCUUUGAGAGAUCUCCUUUUCUUUCUGUGAAAAGGACACUUUGGUUGUCCUGGAAUCGGUUUAUUGUGAUAGACAAAGUAGUCAUGCAAAGAGCAGAAGUGGACCCACCAUCCUGUGACAUCAGUAACUUUGUGAGCCCCAAUCCCAUUGUCCUCCCUUUUCCUCUUACAUCAUUCGGAGGAUCAUGUCCAGAAAGGGGGACAAUUAUACCAGAACUACAGGUGGUCCAGGAGGAAAUCCCCAUCCCUUCCAGCUUUACAAAGCUCAGCUACCUGAGCAGCCGAACUUCAGGAUACAAAACCUUGCUACGCAUUGUGAUGACACAUUCUACCAUCCCUCCCGGAAUGACAAAAGUGCAUCUUACUGUUACAAUUGAAGGGCGGCUGGCUCAGAAAUGGUUCCCUGCUGUCACCAACUUGGUCUAUACCUUUGCUUGGAAUAAGACAGAUAUCUACGGCCAAAAAGUCUCUGGCUUGGCAGAAGCAAUGGUGUCAGUGGGUUAUGAGUAUGAAACUUGUCCAAAUUUGAUUCUGUGGGAGAAAAGGACUGUAACGCUGCAAGGAUUUGAGUUGGAUGCUUCAAAUCUUGGAGGCUGGUCCUUGGACAAACACCACAUUUUGAAUACACAAAGUGGUAUUGUCCACAAAGGAAAUGGAGAGAACAUAUUCAUCUCCCAGCAGCCCCCAGUAAUCUCAACUGUCAUGGGCAAUGGGCACCAGAGGAGUGUUUCCUGUGCCAACUGCAAUGGUCCAUCUCACAGCAGUAAACUCUUUGCACCUGUCGCCUUGGCCUCUGGUACUGAUGGCAGCAUAUACAUUGGAGACUUCAAUUUUGUUCGGAGGCUCCUUCCUUCAGGAAACUCUAUUAGCAUCCUUGAACUAAGGAACAGAGACACAAGACACAGCACAAGUCCAGCUCACAAGUACUACCUAGCCAUGGACCCAGUAUCAGAAUCCCUUUACUUGUCAGAUACAAAUACCAGAAGAGUUUACAAGGUGAAAUCUCUCAGUGAAACCAAGGAUUUGACCAAAAACUAUGAGGUAGUGGCAGGAAAAGGUGACCAGUGCCUUCCGUUUGACCAAAGUCACUGUGGAGAUGGAGGACGGGCUUCCGAAGCAUCACUUCACAGCCCCCGAGGUAUUACUGUAGAUAAGCACGGCUUCAUCUACUUUGUUGAUGGCACCAUGAUUCGGAAGAUUGAUGGAAAUGAUGUGAUCACAACAUUAAUAGGCUCAAAUGGUCUCACGUCAACCCAGCCACUGAGCUGUGAUGCUGGAAUGGACAUCACUCAGGUGCGCUUGGAAUGGCCAACAGACCUUGCUGUCAACCCACUUGACAAUUCGUUAUAUGUUCUGGACAAUAACAUUGUGCUGCAAAUUUCUCAAAAUCAGCAAGUGCGCAUUAUUGCAGGCCGACCUAUUCACUGCCAGGUGCCAGGCAUAGAUCACGUUUUGGUCAGCAAAGUGGCAAUCCAUUCAACACUUGAAUCGGCAAGAGCCAUAGGCGUAUCUCACAGCGGAGUGCUGUACAUUGCCGAGACUGAUGAAAGGAAGAUCAACCGCAUCCAACAGGUUACAACUAAUGGUGAAAUCUCCAUCAUAGCUGGAGCUCCAUCGGAUUGUGACUGUAAGAUUGACCCCAAUUGUGACUGUUUCUCUGGUGAUGGUGGGUUCGCUAAAGACGCAAAACUGAAAGCUCCCUCUUCCCUGGCUGUAUCUCCUGACGGCACCUUGUAUGUAGCUGACCUUGGCAACAUCCGUAUCCGUGCAGUCAGUCGGAAUAAGGCUCAUCUCAAUGACAUGAAUAUUUAUGAGGUUGCGUCCCCAGCAGACCAGGAACUGUAUCAGUUCACCAGCAAUGGGACUCACUUGCACACACUCAAUCUGAUUACAAGGGACUUCAUGUACAAUUUCACAUACAACGGGGAAGGCGAUCUUGGCACCAUUACCAACAGCAAUGGGAAUUCAGUUCAUAUUCGCAGAGAUGCCAGUGGUUUGCCUCUCUGGCUGGUGAUGCCUGGAGGUCAAGUAUACUGGCUGACCAUAAGUAGCAAUGGGAUUCUCAAAAGAGUUUAUGCCCAGGGCUACAAUCUAGCUCUCAUGACUUAUCCUGGCACCACAGGUCUUCUAGCCACCAAAAGCAAUGAGUAUGGAUGGACAACAGUUUAUGAGUAUGAUUCUGAUGGACAUUUAACCAAUGCAACAUUUCCAACGGGUGAGGUCAGCAGCUUCCAUAGUGACGUAGAAAAACUGAUGAGAGUUGAAAUCGACACUUCAAACAGAGAGAAUGUGAUCACAGCUACAAAUUUUUCAGCUACCUCAACUAUCUACACAUUAAAACAAGACAACAUUCAGAAUAUAUAUCGGGUCAGUCCAGAUGGGUCACUGAGAGUCACUUUUGCCAGCGGAAUGGAGAUCACUCUGAACACAGAACCUCACAUCCUAGCUGGCGUUGUCAAUCCUACUUUAGGAAAAUGCAAUAUCUCUUUACCCGGAGAGCAUAACUCCAACCUUAUUGAGUGGAGACAAAGGAAGGAACAGACAAAAGGCAAUAUCUCUGCAUUUGAGAGAAGGUUACGGGCCCACAACAGAAACCUGCUCUCAAUUGAUUUUGACCACAUCACAAGAACAGGGAAGAUCUAUGACGACCAUCGGAAGUUCACUCUUCGGAUUCUCUACGACCAGGCAGGCCGCCCAAUCCUUUGGUCUCCCCUCAACAAAUACAAUGAAGUCAACAUCACUUACUCACAUUCUGGAUUAGUGACCUUUAUCCAGAGAGGGACAUGGACCGAAAAGAUGGAGUACGAUCCAGGUGGGAAGAUCAUUUCCAGAACAUGGGCAGAUGGAAAAAUAUGGAGCUACACAUACCUAGAAAAGUCUGUGAUGCUUCUCCUGCAUAGUCAGCGUCGUUACAUCUUUGAGUAUGACCAGUCAGACUACCUACUAUCUGUCACCAUGCCAAGUAUGGUACGCCACAGCUUUCAGACAAUGCUGUCUGUUGGAUACUUCCGCAAUCUCUAUUCCCCACCAGACAGCAGUGCAUCUUUCAUCCAGGACUUCACCAGAGACGGACGACUUCUGCAGACCCUCUACCCGGGUACAGGGCGCAGGGUUCUUUACAAAUACACCAAGCAGUCCAGACUGUCAGAGAUUCUUUAUGACACCACCCAAGUCUCCUUUACUUAUGAAGAGUCAUCAGGUGUUAUUAAAACAAUACACUUGAUGCAUGAUGGAUUUAUUUGCACCAUCAGAUACAGGCAAACAGGUCCACUUAUUGGCCGCCAGAUAUUCAGAUUUAGUGAAGAAGGUCUUGUGAACGCCAGAUUUGACUACAGCUACAACAACUUUAGAGUAACCAGUAUGCAGGCCAUGAUAAAUGAAACCCCUCUCCCUAUUGAUCUGUAUCGCUACGUUGAUGUGUCUGGUAAAACUGAACAAUUCGGAAAGUUCAGCGUAAUCAAUUACGACUUAAACCAAGUUAUAACUACCACUGCUAUGAAGCAUACCAAAUUUUUUAGUGCCAAUGGCCAAGUGAUUGAAGUGCAAUACGAAAUCCUUAAAUCCAUUGCCUACUGGAUGACCGUUCAGUAUGACAACAUGGGCCGCAUGGUGAUUUGCGACAUCCGAGUUGGAGUCGAUGCAAACAUAACAAGAUACUCUUAUGAAUAUGAUGCUGAUAGCCAACUUCAAACUGUGUCUGUGAAUGACAAAACCCAGUGGCGUUACAGCUAUGACCUCAAUGGAAAUAUCAAUUUACUUAGCCACGGAAACAGCGCUCGGCUUACUCCUCUGAGGUACGAUCUCAGAGAUCGUAUCACAAGGCUGGGGGACAUUCAGUACAAAAUGGACGAGGAUGGUUUCCUCAAACAAAGAGGAAAUGACAUCUUUGAGUACACCUCUAAUGGCUUUCUGAACAGAGCCUACAACAGGGUUUCUGGGUGGACAAUCCAGUAUUGCUACGAUGGGCUGGGGCGAAGGGUGGCCAGCAAAUCAAGUUCAGGACAACACCUCCAAUUCUUCUACGCGGACCUUUCCAAUCCAGUAAGAGUUACUCACUUAUACAAUCACAGCAGUUCAGAAAUAACUUCCUUGUAUUACGACCUUCAGGGUCACCUAAUAGCCAUGGAAUUAAGCAGUGGAGAAGAAUAUUACGUUGCCUGUGACAACACUGGCACACCUUUAGCUAUCUUCAGCAGUCGAGGUCAAGUGAUAAAAGAAAUUCUUUACACCCCUUAUGGAGAGAUCUAUCAGGACACAAAUUCAGAUUUUGAGCUCAUUAUAGGUUUCCAUGGAGGGUUGUAUGAUUCACUCACUAAACUGGUGCACUUGGGGCAAAGAGAUUAUGACGUCAUCGCUGGGCGCUGGACAACACCAAACCACCAUAUCUGGGAAGAACUGAAGAACAACCCCAAGCCAUUUAAUCUGUAUGCAUUUGAAAAUAAUUAUCCAGCUGGCAGAAUUCAAGAUGUGGCUAAAUACACAACAGACAUUGGAAGUUGGCUUGAGUUGUUUGGGUUUCAGCUUCACAAUGUACUCCCGGGAUUCCCAAAGCCAGAAGUGGAUGCUAUGGAGACAACAUAUGAACUUGUACAGCUUCAAACAAAGACCCAAGAGUGGGACCCUGGAAAGACUAUACUUGGCAUUCAGUGUGAACUACAGAAGCAGCUCAGAAACUUCAUUUCCUUGGACCAGCUUCCCAUGACCCCCAAAUACAGCAAUGGAAGAUGUGUGGAGAAAGCAAAGCUGCCCAGAUUUGCUGCAGUUCCCUCAGUUUUUGGGAAAGGUAUCAAAUUUGCCAUCAAGGAUGGCGUGGUAACAGCUGAUGUGAUUGGGGUGGCGAAUGAAGACAGCCGCCGCAUCGCUGCCAUCCUCAACAAUGCUCACUAUCUUGAGGACCUGCACUUUACAAUAGAUGGGCGAGACACACACUACUUCAUCAAGCUUGGGUCUCUGGAAGAAGACCUUGCAGUGAUAGGCAACACUGGGGGACGUCGGAUUUUGGAGAACGGUGUUAACGUCACAGUAUCACAAAUGACUUCCAUCAUCAAUGGCAGGACUAGACGGUUUGCUGAUAUCCAGCUCCAGCACGGCUCUCUGUGCUUUAAUGUUCGGUACGGGACUACUGUGGAAGAAGAGAAGAACCAUGUCUUGGAGGUUGCCAGACAGAGAGCUGUGGCUCAAGCUUGGACUAAGGAACAAAGGCGACUCCAAGAUGGUGAAGAAGGUAUUCGGGCUUGGACAGAGGGGGAGAAACAGCAGCUUUUAAGCACAGGGAAAGUACAGGGCUAUGAUGGAUAUUUUGUUUUGUCUGUGGAGCAGUAUCUAGAACUUUCUGACAGUGCCAACAAUAUUCACUUUAUGAGACAGAGUGAAAUAGGCAGGAGGUAACAAACAAACAAAAGACAUCGAUCUCUGCCUUUGCAUCACCAAAGACUGCCUGUUUUUAAAAAAAACAUUAAAGUAAAGGUUUAUUGUAUUGGUUUUUCUAGAUCAGAACUCUGUGUAUAUAUAAAUAUAGAGGGGGAAAACAUAUCCAACUGCCUUUAAAUGUGACAGAAGAUGGUAUUUUAAUAUCGUUUGUUUAAAACUCUUUGGGAGAUGGCAAUGAUUGUUAGUUCUAGGGUGGCUGCCUUCAACAUUUGGAAGCGGCGUUCUUGGUGUUGAAUUUCAUUUGGAAAUGGUUCACAUGGGCAAAAUAUUGAGUGUGUUCUCUCUUUCCCUCUUCAGGACACAGUUUUGUUAAUUUUAAUAACUUGCAUACAAUAUGUUUGUGGUCUGGCCAACACCCUUUGUUCCUUGGUCUAACUGACAACUCAUCCAUCAAGCAGUCUGCACAAGCUAUGCUUUUAAGGGGCCUUCAGGCAUAACUCCAGGGUAUAAGAAACACCCCAAAAUACUUUGAGCCAAGUAGAAAACCAGCCCUCUAUACUUCACACCUCAGAGGUAGGGUGUUGUCAGCCAUGACCUUCUUAAUAAAUUGCAGAUAAACCAUUGUUAGUCAUUGCCUUAUAGGACAAAUUGUUUCACUCUGUGGGCAGUUAAAAAGUGGCAAGCCAGAUUUCAGGAAUCUCAGCAGUGAUAACAGUCAUGUUCACAGACCUGAGAGAAGAUGCCCUUUUGCUUGCCAACUCAGAGGAUACUAAAUGGUGAAGCACGGAUAGAGAUGCCACUUCAUCUAACAUUCCUAUUGCAAAUUUGCCAGCUUUGAAGUAGGAGCCAAAAGAAGAAUGUGUGUGGCCACCCUGAGCUCACUCUAUCACACACAGAGCGCGCACACACACACACACACACACACACACACACACACACACGUGCAGACUCUCUCUCUCCUUCCCCACCCCCAGCAAUUCGUCUUGAAUAUAAAGCAUUUUAUCUUUUCUCAAGAUAAAUUGCCAGGUGGGGAUGGUGAUCUUCAUGGAGAUUGCAGCUGGAGAGGAGGAGAUUUUGUUCUCCUGCAACAUCCUAGUAGCUAUAUUUUCCAUGAAGAUCCUGGUCCUCCAUGCAUCAGUUGGACUUGAAAAGUCUACCACUGACACCAGUUCUCAAGCAGUGUGGGAGAGGUGCUUUUAGCAAGGGAGAUACCAUUCAUAGCAUCCAUUCUCACUUGCAAUUCCCUGGGCCACAAUUAGGCUAGAAAAAAUGCUUCCUAUUCGCUCCCAUAGGAGGCUUUUUCCAGCUAAAAAUUGUGCUGAGGGUGGGGAGGAUGAGGAAAGGAUUCUUCCAGCUGAAUGGAGAAGUCCCUUGAGUGACAUCCAGGUUACUGGUGGCUGGUUUAUCAACCUUAUGUUUUUGUGUCUUUCACAAGUUUAGAUUUAGGCCAUGCAUUAUAAGCACAUUUGGUCUACAAUCCUAAUCACACAUACCUGGUGGGAGCAAGCGCCACUAAAUUCAGCGGUGUUUACUUCUGAGUAGACAUGCUUAGGAUUGCAGGCUUGGCCAUUAGCAAUUCCCAUCAGCAUCAAUGGUAGAAGGUAGUGAUUUUCAAUUUAAGUGAGAAGUUUCAUCAAAGUGAAUACAACCACACUGGCACUCUUCUGAAAUAAAAGAAUGAAGGACAGUCUUAGUGUAGACUUCAGGGCCUCUUCAUAUGACAAAUGGGAAUGCUGAAAGAUGGGAAAGCCUGAUUGUGGAGAGUCUGGCAUAUCAUGAUGAAGUGACCAUGCACUUGCUCCCUCAGAUGUACAGUCCAACUCAACCAGUUUUUUGAAUUCACCAAUAUUUGCCCAUUUUUUCAUGCAACUUCUCAUUCAUUUUAUUUCUUUAUGAUGGCAUUUAGAAUCCACUUUCACUGCCACCCAAAGCAGUUUAGAAAACAUAAGGGAACCACAAAGAAGUAAAAUACACAGUUAAUAUCAAAAGCAAAAAAAUCAGCAAUAAACCGCAGGAAUGUCAACUUGGUCAUACAAAUGGGCCCAGAUGAGUGGAUGUAUUUUUUUUAGCAAGGAAAGCAGGUGCUUAAUAAUUUGUCCUCACUAAGCAAGUACUAAUCACAAUGCCUGUUCAUGAGAGUUAAUAUCCUAAUAUUCAUUGCUCCUAUAUUCCCAAGCUAGUUCAUAUUGGGUAUAUGUGACAACUAGCUGUUAGGGAUGGGCUUGAUUAUGAACAUCAGGUAUAAAUCCACCAAAUAACAUUGACAUUUGAGUUCUCCCUACUUGUUGCUCGUUAGUGGUCCAGAUUCUGGAUGUUCUUCAUCUUUGACCACUGGAGGUAGGAUCUGGGAGGGAGGGAGGGAAAGAGGGAGGGGGAGGGUGCCUCAGAGGAAAAUUCACUCUCCUUUAGGUUCUUUUAUGGUAUAAAAUACUGUACACCAUUGGAUCCAGUUAAUGAGAUCAGACAAAAUAAUUAGUAUUGUACCUUGUUCUUGUAUUGCUAGCUCUGACCUGGGGGUUAUUCCCCAUGAAAUUGUGGAGAAUUUUAGUACCUCCACACACCAGGCUAAAAUUGACAAGCACUUUUUAAUUCACAGAAAUAAUUUCUGGGCUUUAUGUAAGAAGUGCACUCAUGGUGAUAUAUUUUAGCACUGAUCUAAGAUGUCAACACUAGCAAUGUUUUAAGCAGUUCUAUCAUUUGAGGCUCGUGAAUUGAUGUACCUUUUAAAACAAAAUGCUUUAAAAUACCCAGAAGGGAAGAAAAUGUUUUGAAACUCUUCUUAAAUAGUUAUUAGCUUGAAAUUGUGCAUUUCUAGUAUGUAAUACGUAUGACGUUAGUGUGUGCCUUGAGUUCCAUAUAGAUAUAUUUGUAUUAUAUGCAGGAAAUGCACUUUAUAUUACCAACCAUGGAUGGGUUUUAAUGCUGCCUUGAAUGUUGUCAUUUUUGUUAUUAUGCCAAAAGCUCAUAAAAUGAAAUGGAAUACUUUUUUUUCCUCUUUGGCGUUUACCAAUGAAUGAACAGAAUUUCCUAGGUGUGUUUAUAGGUAUUGUUUGAUAUAAAAUGUGGAUUAGAAAAAUAAUAAUUAAAUAAUCAUGCCACCAGAGGAUGAUGGUAUAUAGAAAUGUUUUUAUCAUGUUUGCUUCUGAAAUUCAGGGAAAAAAACCCUGUUAUUUUUCCACUUUGAGGUCAAGGACGCAGCCCUCCAAGCUCAGCUUCUGUGCAAAUCCUGUACAUAGGAAUGAAUGGUGAUUGUGUAGAACAUCUGAAUAGAUUUCACUUUAAAGCAACAUGUUUUGGGUGCUUCCAGACUGUAGCUUUUUUGAAAUCUUAAGAAGGAUGUAGUUGUAUAGAAUGCAGACCAGCAGUGGUGAACCUCAGGCUCAAGUGGCCAAAUGCAGACCUCCAAGCAUCUCUCUUAUAGCCCUUGAACCCUUAUAACCCCAGGUUAUCAUCCUCACCAGCCUUACACCACACCCUCCUUGAGUGUUUUUGCAUGGCUGGGAUGUAUCCUUGAAAACUGAUAAUGUCUCUUGCUCACCUGGAUGGAGAGGAGUGUGCAGAAACUACUGCCCUACAAAGAUACAAAUUUGUAUUAAUUGCCCUGUCCAUUUAUUAUUAUUUUUUUGCCUCCGGCCUAACCCACCAUUAACAUAUGGUCCCUGAAAGGUUGCUCAGAAUUAAGUGAGGUCCUUACACUGAAAAAGGUCCCCAUCCCUGCCCUAGAUAAUGCAUAGUCUAAAACGGGGUUUCCCAAACUUGGGUCUUAUGUUGAUUUUGGAGUACAAUUCCCAUCAUCUCUGACCACUGGUCCUAUUAGCUAGGGGUGAUGGGAGUUGUACUCCAAAAACAGAUGGAGACCCAAGUUUGGGAAACCCUGAUCCAAAGAAUCAUUCUGGCUUAAGGCUCAUCCACACUUACGUUUAGUCUGCACUUUCUAGGUUUUCCAGCUCUGUGUCUGAGCGGUUUUUUGUUUUGCUUUUUGUCCCACUGCUUCCCCCCAGAAAACCCACACUUUACUGCUGGAUCGGAGCAAAUGGCAAUCUGUGGAAAACCCCAUUGCGUUUUGCUGUAAAACAUGGGUUUUCCAUGGGAAAGUGGUGGGACAAAAAAGAAAACCUGCUCAGACACAGACCUGGAAAGCCUGUAUCUGUGCCUAAAAAUGUGGCACAAAAGGAAAUGUAGAUGAGUUACUGACAUUUUGCCAUUCUGCAAGUGGUGAGCAGCCUUUGUAAAGAAAGUACAAUUGCCAGAAAGCACAUACAAGCCAUUUCUGGGAGAAAUGGGUUGAGGAUAUACAUAGAAUAAAAUGUACAGAAUGUGUUGCUUCUCCUGACUUACAUUCUACUUUAAACCACGUUCUCCUUACAAACACAUUCUGUUAUAGUGCCAUCUUGCAUAACCUUGCUAAAAGCAGACCAACUGGCCCUUUUAAGCAUGCUUCAGUGAAGGCAAGUUGGAUAUCAGACAGGUAUUCAGUCACUUGGCCAAUUUUAUCUCCCUGCUCCCACCCCUCAUAUUUUUUCAAAAAAAAUAGUAGGGGGGAAAUUCACAAAUGACUUUCUAAUGAGCAAUUAAAUAAAUAGUCUACAAUGGGAUGUGCUAGGAGAUUUUGUGUUCUUGCAGUGGUGGCAAAGCCUCUGACUACUAUUGGCUGAACUAUUGUGAUGCCUUGGAAUAUUAGCAAACAUUCAAUCUGCUGAAGGGAGUUCUCAGGUAUGAAAUAUUCACAUUCCUCCAGUUUUGUCUGUCCUCACAUCAUCUUAAGGACUGGAAGAGCAUAGUGGGCAGAACAAAAGAGAGUGAGAUGAGAACUAGUUGAAGAAACACCACCUCAGAAAUAGGAAUCUUGAAGAGAAGAAUGGCUGCAGAGAAGGGGAGGGAAUACACUGAAAUAGGGACUGGGGUGUGAAACAGAAGACAGGGAAAACAAAGAGGGCAGAAGAUACUGGAAAGGGGUGACAAUUGUGGGAAAACUACAAAGGGCCUCAGGGCAACAGAAUGUAUAGGAAGUGGGGCAGAGAGUUGGAAAUGCUGUAGGGACAUCAUAACAUAAUGCCUGGCAUCAUAACAAAAGGAAGUGAAAUAAAAGUAGGGGGAGGCAACUCACACUGAAAAGCAGCGGCAGCUUCCAGGCAGUCACUGUUUUGCAGGUGGCAUUCAACCAGCAAAUUCAGGUUGCACAAUUAAAGUAGAUUUAGCACUCAAGCACAAGAAACCUGCUCCCUACAAAAUCAUCAUCAUCAUCAUCAUCUUUAUCUUUCUGAGGGGGAGCAGUUGAAAUGUGUGUGAUGACAUUUGCUUGAUGCAACAUCAUAUAACCUCACAAGCGCUCAGUAAACAGCAGACAUUGUAUAACCUCCUUGCAAACUUUGUGCAAACGAGGAUGAACGCCCAAUGAACAGAUCAUCUUGAACUGACCCCAGUAUGUGGCUGCAGAGGCAGGUACUUGGAGAGCAAGAGCUUAUCAAUGCACUCCUGUAGUUGUAGCUGAGACUUAAUUGUUUUAAGGGAAAGCUGUAGUUCAGUGGUAGAGCGUCUGCUUUGCAUGCAGAAGCUCCCGUUCCAAUCUGAAACCCUGGAGAGGGCAGCUAGGGUGUCACUGAAAUGGAACACUAGCUCUCAGGUAGUAGUCGGCAAGAGAAUGAGACAGAGGUCUUGUCCACACUUCCACUUGUCCUGUGCUUUCUAGACAUGGGCCUGGGAGUUUUCUGCAGAUUGAUAUUUGCUCCAGUUCAGCACUAAAGAGCAUUUUUCCCCUGGGGAAAGCAGAGGGGCAAAUGGGAGACAUCUCUGAUCCAUGCCUAGAAAACAUGGAACAAGUGGAUGUACGGAUGAGCCCUGAAUGAGGAGUGGGCCCCUGAGACCCCCAGUGUGUAAAGUGUGGCAAAUGGAAUGAAGUCUAAAGUUUAAUUAGAGAAGAUGACGGCAGCCAUGUGCACUUAUGAAUGGUCAUAUAUAAAGUAUAAUGGGGUUACUAUAGAACAGGGAAACGUGAGCACAGAGUGCUAGAUCCUUUCCACUCCCUUACCUCACCUUAAUCUACUUUUUUAAUUUGCAAAGUAUUAAUUAACCAUAUACACAAAUAAUUUAAAAACAUAACACCAUAUAUGACUAUUAAGAUGAUGAGAUGAGAAAGCUCACUCCCAAAUGCAGAGUUAACCUAAAAUCACACCAGCCCUAGGGGUGGGAUGUAAAGCUCAUACUGGGUUGAAAGAGCAGAAGGUUGAUAUGGGCUGGAAGCCAGGAAGGGCAGAGAAACAAGAGUGCUCAGCAGUGAUUCAUGGUCCUUCAGGGUAGCUGAAGGACAUGAGAGCACAGGCAGUGGGGGAAGUGGGUGGAAUUAGAGCCUUGAGGAAACAAUGGUCAGUGGAGGAGACAUGAGAUUGGAAGCAGCAAAGAUUAGUUGGGAACGGUUCAACUAGCAACCAAAUUCAUACGUUGUCAUUGUCCCUUUUUCUGGUAAGAUGCCUGUGCUUUUAAAAGUUUGCAUAGAAAUAUAAAACUGCUGUGAUAAAGGAGUUAGGGUGGGUGGAGAAAGAGAGAGAACAUCUAUUACAUUGCAGCCUGUUGGCUCCCAGAUCUGGUUGAUGCCUUCAGCAGAAUGAGGAUGGGAUGAGGCGGUAGAGUCUGGAGGUUGUAGACUAGAUCAGUGUUCUUCAAUCUCGGGUCCACACAACUUUUAGGACUACAGUUCUCAGCAUCCUUGACCAUUGGCCAAGCUGGCCAAUGAUCUGGAUUGAAAACAACUGGCAUGCCAUUCUUAGUACGUAGAUGAGGAGUAGAAAGAGCCUGCAGCCCUCCAGAUGUUGCCAACAGCCAAAGCCAGCAGCAUGCCCAAUGAUAAGGGAUGAUGGAGUCUAGCAAAAGCUGAAGGGCCACAGGUUAGUUACCUCUGUGCUGCUGCAGGGCGAGUGUCCUCUAGGUGUGUGUUCAGUGUUCCACAGGCUUGCAGGAGGCAAAUCAAGAAAACUCAAGGCUGAGCUAUGCCCUAGUAGAUUGAGCUGAGCAUGAAUCAUCUUCCUCUCUGCACGCCUAUGUCAGCGGCAGCCCUGCCCUUUGAGACACACAGGGGUCACCUCAACAUCACAAGAGACUAGCAAUGUAAGGAAGAACCCUGGUGAUCUAGCUGAAACCCUUGACUUGCCUGCUCUUCAUGCUAUUGUAUUUCAUCUGGAACACGGUCCUCCGGAUAUUUCUAAACCAUUCCACCAAAGCAAUGUCACUACCAGCAGAACUAAAUUCUGUCUUUUAAUGACAGUGAAAACUAGUACAGUAAAUCUGUCACCAUUCAGCAAAUUAGAACACUUUGGUCAGUCUGCAAAGUUAUAUGCAAACACAAAACAUUGGUAAUACAAUCUAAAGAACAUACAUCCUUGUGUUCAUCUCCUGUUGAUGGUUCCAACCUUACUAGAAAGUGCAGUGUGUUUCCCAUCGUAUCAUGUUAAGAUAUGAUUGAAACCUAGGGCUUUGGUGAGCAAGGCUGUUUUUUGUUUAAAGAGAAAGAAUAGUAUCAUGCCAGCAGUAAUCUGCUGCCCUUCAAAUGAAAGAGGGCAACAUUUGAAAAGGGUAGGUUUUUUUGAAAAAAAUGUAUCCCACUUUCCCCAUCAAUUAUGCUCAAGGUAUAAUGUUGGCUGCUGUAUGAAGGAAGAUUGUAAUGGAGAAAUAGCAAAAUCACCAGAAGCAGAGAGAAACAAAAGAGCUGGAGCCAAUUUUUAGCACACAAUGACAAAAUGUGUUAGAUUUCACGUGUUCUGUGGUCCGCAGUCCUACUCAUUGCCCUUCCAAAUGCUGGCUUAUAGAGACCUUAACAGAAACUGGGUGUCCUCAAGUUCAAUUUUGUUGUGGGAUUUUCUUGGCCUUUGCCAUUUUACAUUAUCUGUCCAAGAGAAUGUGUUUGCCAGUUACAAUCUUUUCUUAGAUUUAGUGGUGAACUUUAGCCUCUUAAUAAACAUUAGUAUAUCUGUAGGUCUUUGACAAUAUUUCACAUGUAUGAUGAUGAACCAUGACAGAACAUUGAAACUUUCAUAAACAAGGUGUCUAUAAACAAGAAGAGAAGCCUAGCAUACAGUGUUUUGUCAAUUACUAGUCUUUUUCCUUUGUUUUUGCUUUCUCAUGAAUUGUAAUGAUGUUUACAAUGUAUGCCAAGAUUUUCCAUUCCUAUCUAACAACAACACUUCUAAACUUACUGAAAUUGUAGUAUAACGGCUUGAACUUUGUUGCUAGGGAACAAUAGAUUUCCUUUUUUUGUAUUCCUGCUCUGAACACUGGCUGGAUAACUGUACAGGUUUUAUGUUCAAUGGCUGCAGUGAAAUGGUUUGUUGCAUUUUGCUCUGGUUUUCAGACCAGAAGCAUGUAUUUUCUACAAGACCAUUACAACAACCCUGCUGUAAAUAGUAAAAGUUACUAUAUAAUGUGUUGACAUUUGAAAGACAAAGUACUUUGAAUAUUUCAUUUUUAAGACAUAAAAUUGCAAACAAUUAA